AUAAAAAUCCCACUUGUUUUUAGUAGCUCCAGUUGACGUUGGAGCUACACAGAAGCAGACUGGAGUUUAGGUGGAUAUUCCUUUACAGGUUUAUGGUGUUAGUUUAGGGGGCUGGACUUAUCACAGUGCUGAGUGUCCUGACUGGACGAAGGGUCAGUGUAGCACACAGAAACGCAGACGCCUUGUUGGAGCCUCAUCUUCAACUAUGCGGUACAGUACAUGUCUUCUCUCUGUUCUGUUGCUUUGAGCAGUGGGUGUGCUAUUCCAUUCAAAAUGGCCUGAUACACUAUAUCACCAAAUGGCAACUACAAAACCACCUGUGGUUUUUGGAAGGUGAAGAUGGAGCGAUGCUGCGUUUCUACAACACAAAGGCAGUCCAACGCCAGUUAAGAAACAAUACCCUCUGUUUGGAGCAAAACAAUGGAAAGCUGGGUUCUCGAGGGAGACAGCUACUCGUUCCUCCGCACUGCUCCAUGUAACUUCAACCUGCAGCACCUGGAUGGGCCUAAUCGUGUGGAGAUCUUUGACAUCACUAGUAUCCCCAGCCAUCGUAGCGCCAUAUCUGAAACGACUUGCCUUUGUGACAUUUUUGGGGAUGACUGUGAGUCUCCUUCUCUCUCCAGCAGCUCGGCCUCUACCUCUUUUCUGAAAAAGGAUGUAGAUGAGCAAUUACCAGUAGAAGAUGUGAACGAUUCAUCAGAUUCAUACCAUACAGCUAAUGGUUCGGAGCAUCUGAGUGAUGGGAGUGACACAUUCGAGGACUCAAAAGACACAAAAGAUUUACUUUUAUCUGAGACUGAGGAAUCAAACACACCAGCAAGUGAUUUAAUCUUCACAAAUGACAAAAGUGAAGUUACCUCUGCAAAUGGCUCACCCAAGCCAACAGGAAACUGGCCAGAAUCUCGUUUGUCUCAGGACACCAGCCUAGUGCAAGCUGAAAAUUCAUCUCACCAGCAGCUGGGAACAUCAACGUCUGAAUUUAGAGACACUAAUAUUAGAGUAACUGGUUCCACACAGGAGAUAAACUCUCCUGACCUCUUAUCUGAAAACAAGUGUAUUAGAGACCAGAGUCGUGCUACCUCGUCAGAGCUGAGGCAAAAUGGUUCAACAGAGGAGAUAAUCAGUCCUGACCUCAGGUGUAUAACGAAGCAGACAGAAGAGGAAACUUAUUCAACACAGAAGAUAAUCACACCUGACUCCUCACCUGAAAAGAGGAGUAUAACAGAGCAGAGAGACACUACAACAUCUGAGGUAAGGGAAGCUGAUUCUACACAAGAGAAUAAAUGUUAUAAAAAGAGAGAAAGCACGUUUUCAGAAAACCGAGAUUCAGAGUCUUUUGGUAACUUGGCAUCAGAAGAUUCUCCUAAGGAGAAUAAUGAUCUAGGCUGGUCUGGUGAGGAAGAAGAAAAAAUCCCUUUGCCUGAUAUUUUACCUAUAGAAAACAUCUCGCUUGUUUGUGAAACAGUAAAAAGCGACUCUUCUGUUGCUCUGCCUAACUUUUCAAAUGAUGGCAGUGACUUUACUCCUCUCCAGAAGACAGCUGCUGAUCCUUCUGCAAAAGAUGAAACACAAGAUCUGAGAGAAAUGGCGGUUUCACUGGAACAUGAGGAUGUACCGAAUAAAUUGGGAUACACAGGUAUAUUUCUAUGUGAUAAUAAAGAUUCGGAUGACCCUAACACCGUAUCUCUACCUACUUAUGUUGCGGGUAAUGCAGAAAUAGAUGUAGCAUCUAUGCCUCAACACCUCACUAUUUCUUCUGAAACAAGAGAAACCGUAAUCUUACCUGAGCAUAGUACUUUGUCAUCCUUUUCAGAUGCAACAGAAGGACUGAUACCAUGUGUGAUUAGUGAGUUAUGCUCACCCUCUGGUUCUUCAGUGGAUGUUAGCUCCUCAGAGCCACCAAUAAUAAUACACUCACCUGUUGGUUUCACUCUCUGCCCGUCACCAGAACCCAAGAACAAGAUUUGGUCAGCUGGCCCAGAAGAUUUAACGUUCACUCCUGAGAACCAUGAAUGCGAUUAUAGGCUUACACCUACAGACAAAGGUUCUGUUUCCUCAUUUGAUUCCAAACUAUGCCCUACACCUGAGCCAAGAAGCAUUACUUCUACUCCAGAAAACAGACAAAAUGUCUUUAUAUGUGAAUUGAGUCCUGAAGCUUCUUCACUUGAACUUAGGUCUGCAGAAUGUUUUAUGUCAGCUACUCUUCCUACAAAGGAAGUUGCAGACAUGACUAUUCCAACUAUCUACAACCUUUCAUCAGUACAGGGAGGCAUAUCUAGUCCAUCAGCACCUUUGCCAAGAGAUAAUGUGUCCCCUGAUCUAAAGGGAACAAGAUAUACUGAAAGCCCUACAUCAGAUCUACUUGCCACAAAUGAGAUUACAAAUAUGACUAUCUCCUCUAACUUUUCAUCAGCAGACAGGUGCGUAAUUAGUCCACAUUCAACUAUAAGUAUACCGAGAUGUACAGAGUCUCCUGAUGUACACGAAAUAAGAUCCAUGGAAAGUAUUUCAACCAUACUUCCAAAUGAGAUACCAAACAUGGCCAUCUCACCUGUCUCCAGCCUUUCAUCAACAGAAGGAGGCAUAUCUAGAUCACCUUCAACUUUAAGUAAACCAAGAAACACAGCAUCUCCUGAUGUAGAUGGAAUAAUAUGUGUGAGAAGUCCUGCGUCAACUACAAUUCUCACAAAUGAGACUACAAUUAUAGCUCUCUCACCCCUCUCCAACGAUUCACCAACAGGAUCAACUUUAAGUAUAAAGAGAAAUACAGCAUCACCUGUUCUAGAGGGAACAAGAUAUGCUCAAAGCGCUAUGCCAACUAUGCCUCCCAUCAAGGAGCCUGAAAAUGUGGUCAUCACACCAAUUACACACUUUUCAUCGACAGAGGGAGGUAUAUCUAGAUCAACAUCAACUUUAAGUAUACCAAGAGAUACUACGUCCCCUGAUGUAGGGGGAACAAGAUGUGUGGAAAGUCCUAUGUCAACCAUACCUCCCAUAAAUGAGACUACAAAUAUGGCCAUUUCACCCAUCUCCAACCUCUCUUCAACAGAGGGAGGCAUAUCUAGACCAUCAUCAACAUUAAUUAUACCAAGAAAUACAGUAUCUCCUGAUAUAGAUGGAAUCAGAAGUGUGGAAAUUCCUACACCAACUACAUUCCUCACAAAUGAGAUGACAAUUAUGUCCAACUCACCCAUCAACUUUUCAUCAACAGCAAGCAUAUCUAGACCACCAUCAAAUGUAAGUAUAUCAAGAGAUGCUAUGUCCCCUGAUGUACAGGAAACAAAAUACACAGAACAAUCAAAUGAGAUUCCCACAAAUGAGACUACAGAUUUGGCCAUUUCACCCACCUCCAACCAUUCAACAAUAGAGGGAGGCAUAUCCAAACCACUAUCACCGUCAAGAAGGCCUAUCUAA